CGGGUGGUACAUCAGGGCUGGUGGUGGCAUCCUACAGACUAGAGAGCAAGGAAAGAAGAGAGAGUGUUACCUGAGUGCGUACAUUGUUGCAGAAGUAACUGCGGGUGGUUAUUUUUGGCUGCUCUUGGUCAGUCUGGGCGUCAUCUUUCUCACCUGUGCUGCAGGUAUAAUUUGUUGUCUUUUUUGGAGGUGUUAUCCACAGCACACCGUGGAUGAAGAAGCCUCACUCCUCGGUUUCUUCAUGGCAAGGAGAGUCAAUAUUGUGUGCCUAGCAUGGCUGCGGCUCCUGCACCGACCUCCCAGGGACCGGUAUGGCUUUUAGCCGCAUCAGUAAACUGGACCCCCCUUGCCGAGGCAUCUUCAGGAAAGCGGCGGUCAUGCUGUGCACCCUCUUCACCUCCCUCUUCCUCCUGCACUGCCUCACCGCCCGCUGCAGCACCACUUCACCGGUUAAGGUGUCCUCCGGCCGGGCUGCGGGGCUCUUCGAGGACUUUAGGUCACUGAGGACUAAAAGACUUGCGUACCAGUGGACCCCCGGGUCGGAGCUUACGGGCUACGGGGUCGCCAGGCGCUCUUCACGGGUUCUCGCGGAUGAGCGCUCGAGGCAGGUAUCCGAACUGCCCGAGGAGGAGUCUUUCAUCUUGCCGCCACCGGAUUUAGUUGCUUCCCGGAAAGUGUCGCCGAGGUUCGCAGGUAAACUCAGUCCGCUCGGGGAGGGGAGCAAGAAACUGCCACAAGCUCUCAUCAUCGGGGUGAAGAAAGGAGGGACCCGGGCUCUGCUGGAGUUUCUCCGGGUUCAUCCGGACAUCAGAGCCGUGGGAGCGGAGCCGCACUUCUUCGACCGAAACUAUGACAACGGACUGGAGUGGUACAGAGAGCUGAUGCCCAAGACUCUGGAGGGCCAGAUCACCAUGGAGAAAACCCCCAGCUACUUUGUGACCAGAGAGGCUCCGGCCAGGAUAUCCGCCAUGUCCCGGGACACCAAGCUGAUCGUGGUGGUGAGGGACCCCGUCACCAGGGCCAUCUCGGACUACACACAGACUCUGUCCAAGAAGCCGGACAUUCCCUCUUUCGAGAGCCUCACCUUCAAAAACAGGACUACGGGGCUCAUCGACACCUCGUGGAGCGCCAUCCAGAUCGGCAUCUACGCCAAGCACCUGGACAACUGGCUGCACUACUUCCCCAUGGAGCAGAUCCUGUUUGUGAGCGGCGAGCGUCUGAUCAGCGACCCGGCCGGAGAGCUGGGCCGCGUGCAGGACUUCCUGGGGCUCAAGAGGAUCAUCACUGACAAACACUUUUACUUCAACCAGACCAAGGGUUUCCCGUGCCUCAAGAAGGCAGAGGGCAGCAGCAAACCCCACUGCCUGGGCAAAACCAAAGGGCGGACCCACCCCAACAUUGACCCUGAGGUGGUGCAGAGGCUACGGGACUUCUACAGGCCCUUCAACAUGAAGUUCUACCAGAUGACGGGGCGAUUCUUUGGCUGGGAGGACUGAAUGUGUUUUUCUCUGAAGGUUGGGGUAUUCAGGAGCACUCUAGGGGGGGUCGUAUAAGAGAAUGCAUUUGUAAUAUUUCAAGAAAUAGUCAUAAACAUGGCUACAAAUUAAAAAA